CCUUCACAUCCCGAGGUGUUGUGUGGAUCAGAGGGACUUCAAAGCCCUACGGCCGGGAGGUCAUCAAAGGGCAGCUGUCCGCUAUAAAUGCCUGGACCCCGCGGCAUCCUUGCUGCUUCACUCUUUCGCCAGACAGAGAAGGAGAAGGACGCUACAGCACCGUCUCUGGAUUUGUUACAGUGAAUGUGACAGCUGCACUUUUCGCUAGAAUAGAAAAAAAAACGAGAAUGUCUUCGAGAAUGGAGAGCUUCGUUCGCGCCGCCUUCCUCUUCGCCGCGCUGUUCUUUUCCACGGGGAGUGCUAGAAGCUCGCAGCAGAUUACGCACUCAGGUAAAACGGUGAAGCUCAGUGGGACUCCUCUACAAGCCUCUCAUCAUCAGCCCGGCGGGGGUCAUGUUAUUUCCGACCCCAGUUUUGGAUUUAAAAGUUCCGCCUACCACCCGAGUCGGUACCCGAUGUACAUGAUGCAGCUUUACCGAACCUUCAAGACCGGGGACGCGGCGAGGACCAAGGCGGUCAGCCCUGUAUGGAGCCAGAGCGCUGACAACCCGGCACUGCACGACUCCGACUCGGUGUUGAGUCUGAUUGCAAAAAGUUGUCAUCAGAUUGGUGAGAGGUGGACCGUCACCUUCGACAUGUCCUCCAUCUCUGCCAGCGACGACAUCCAGCUGUCCGAGCUGCGAUUCCGCCUGCCCGCGUUCUCCUCCUCCGAGCAGGCGACCAUCGACAUCUUCCACUCCCGGAAGCAGCCCUGCGGCCCCCGUUCCCAGACCUGCCCCGAGGAGCGGCUCUUCCUCGGAAGUUUCCGCGGCGUUCCCGGUUCCGGCAGCUCCUCCUGGAAGGUUUUCAAUGUGACGGCGCUGCUCAAGUUCUGGCUCCACCAGGGGGAGCCCCGGGUGGAGGUGGGCAGCGGGGAGGAAGAUACGGACGCUCCCAGCGGGAGAGUCGAGCACCCGACCACCGACCGGGUGAUGAUGGUGGUCUUCUCCAAGCACAGCCCGUCCUGGGGCGGCCAGCACACCCCCACCCUGAUCCAGACCGUGGAGCAGUCGAAGUACGCGGUCAAGGACAGGGCCGUGGGGGACGCCGGCCAGAACCGGCGGCACAAGCGGAACCGUAAGGACCGGGACCGGGUCCGGGAGGCGGUGGGCGCGGCAGCCACGGCUCCCCAGGUGGAGGGGGAGCAGAAGCCCCUCUGCAGAAAGGUGGACAUGUGGGUCGACUUCGACCACAUCGGCUGGAACGAGUGGAUCGUUUACCCCAAACGCUACAACGCCUUCCGCUGCGCCGGCGACUGCCCCACCCCUGUGGACGAGUCCUUCAGACCCACCAACCACGCCUACAUGCAGAGUCUGCUGAAGCUGUUCCACCCCGACCGCGUCUCCUGCCCCUCCUGUGUGCCCACACGUCUCAGUUCCCUCUCCAUGCUGUACUACGAGAGCGACGGCGUGGUCCUCCGACACCACGAGGACAUGAUCGUGGAGGAGUGUGGCUGCCACUGACCCUUCCCAGCAUCCUCUGCCUGAGCCGACACCUGCACUGCACUGCGAGGCCACUCCUCAGACACUUCACCUCGGCCUUCGACACAUAAAGCGCCCCACGCUGCUGAUCUUGGAUCAGCUUUCCGCUGGUGUCCUAACCUUAUCCCUUAUGAAGUAAAAGGCUGGACUGAUCCUGCAUCAGCACUACUCUGAGGUGCUUUGGGAAUCCAAGUCCAGAGGAGCUCCAGUUGACUACAAUUCCCAGCAUGCUCAGGGACUCUUGGAAGCAUAUGGCAUGCAUAUGAAGCAACAACAGCAAAAUUGAAAAUGGACAAAGACUGCAUUUGUUGUUGUGCUUUGGACCUCUCUCUCCAUGUCCAGCUUGGUUGGAGUCAGUUCCAUUGAAACUCAGUGACUUAGGAAAGGACGUGAUGUUCAGUGAAGUGAAAGAUGUUCAAUGAAGAUUUUUCAAGGAAGGAAUUCAAUGUCAAUUCAUUUUCUGAACUGAUUGAGCUGAAUUUACCUCAACCCUGGUGUCCAGGGAAACUUUUUUCUUAUGCAUAUGAAAUGCAUAUAAUGCCAUAUAACAUAAUGGUCAUUGACCAUGAGAGCUCUUUACCUGUUUUAGGAGUGAAAACUAUUACUCUUUAUCUCAGUGCUGCAGUGUUUAAUAUUUAAAUACUUCAGAUGGCCGUGCCUUUUACAUUUAUGUAAAGAAUGAAAAUGUUUGCUCAUGAGAUUAAAAACUUCAUUUCAUUUAGCAGUAAUAAUUAAUCUGUGCAUAUUUUAGUGAUUAUAGCCAAGGCAAAGGCACAAGUACAUUACUUUCAAUGUGUAAUAUUUGAGAGCAACUUAUU